ACCUUUUUCUCAUCUGCAGCCUUAAAUUCCCGAGCUGUCCGGGCGGAUCAUGGUGUUGAUUGGAGGAGGGAUGAGAAAGCCCGCCGGGUCCGAUUGGCCACUGUCUCCGCCUGCGUUCUCUGAGUAGCUUCCUUGCGUUUCUCUAUGCUAUGCUGGGUGUCCGAGCCAAAGCAAAGGAGCUUGGAGCCGAGGGGAAGAAGUAACUCUGGAAGAAGUAACUCUGACUCAUGGUGAUCUCAACGUUUGCAAGAGGAAGAAAAGCAUACCAAGCAGAGGAACAACAUGUGUAAAGAACAGGCUGCCCGCCUGAAGAAACUACAAGAGCAAGACAAACAACAGAAAGUGGAGUUUCGUAAAAGGAUGGAGAAGGAGGUAUCAGAUUUCAUUCAAGACAGUGGGCAGGUCAAGAAAAAGUUUCAGCCAAUGAACAAGAUAGAGAGGAGCAUACUACAUGAUGUGGUGGAAGUGGCUGGCCUGACAUCCUUCUCCUUUGGGGAAGAUGAUGACUGUCGCUAUGUCAUGAUCUUCAAAAAGGAGUUUGCACCCUCAGAUGAAGAGCUAGACUCCUACCGUCGUGGGGAGGAAUGGGACCCCCACAAGGCCGAGGAGAAGCGGAAGCUGAAGGAGCUGGCCCAGAGGCAGGAGGAGGAGGCAGCCCAGCAGGGACCUGUGGUGGUGAGCCCUGCCAGUGACUACAAGGACAAGUAUAGCCACCUCAUUGGCAAGGGAGCAGCCAAAGAUGCAGCCCACAUGCUACAGGCUAAUAAGACCUACGGCUGUGUGCCUGUGGCCAACAAGAGGGACACCCGCUCCAUUGAAGAGGCCAUGAAUGAGAUCAGAGCAAAGAAGCGUCUGCGGCAGAGUGGGGAAGAGUUGCCACCAACGUCCUAAGCACCCCGCCCAGCUCCCUUUGACCCCUGGGGCAGGGCAGGGGACAGGGAGGGACAAGGCUGCUGCUAUUAGAACCCAUCCUGUAGCCCCACCUCUGAACCGCCUCCUACCAGCUGUCCCUCAGGCUGGGAGAAAACAGGUGUUUUAUUUGUCACUGUUGGAGCUUGGAUGUGUGUGGGGUGUGUGUGCGUGUGUGAGUGUGAAUGCACAAGUGGGUAUUUAAUCUGUAUUAUUCCCCAUUCUUGGAAUUUUCUUCCCCAUGGGGCUGGGGUUACUUUACAUUCAAUAAAUACUCUUUAACUCAA